CCGUCUCUCCUCUUCCUCCUCCCUCCUCGCCCCCUCCCAUCCCCCACACAGGCCGCUGCUGUGCACCGUGGGAGGGAGGAGCGAGGAGAGACCGACCGUGCUGCUGCUGCUGCUGCAUCAGCCACCGGAGCAGCAGCACUGAGAUCACGAGCGUCGCCUUCCUCGCAGCAGCGUGGAGGAGCAGGACGACCCCUGAGGUGCGGCGAGCGAGGUGAAUGAAGGACGCAGCGGCGAGAGCUCUCACCCCGUCGUGGUCCGUUGCCGCCGCCGCCACUCACGUUGAGCAGGUGAGCGGCGCGUCGUGCGGCCGCGUGCGUCCGUGAGCGAUGGACCGCAUGAAGCGGCUCAAGCGGCGGCUGUCGGUGACGCUGCGUGUCGGCCGCACCAUCGACGAGUCGCUGUCGGAGCUCGCCGAGCAGAUGAACGUGGAGGACGGGGCCACGCGUGGGGACUGCGAGCCCAUCGUGAAGAACGGGAAGCCGCCCUCGUCGCAGAGCAUGCACUCCUUCCUGCACCAGUACGCGGGCAGCCUCCGCAAGCCGCCCCUCCGCCGGCCGCACAGCGUCAUCGGCAACGGCGGCUUCGGCUCCUACGUCAACAUGCCCAUCAACAACAACAACCGGCUCGGAAUUGUCCACGAGAACCUGAAGAUGGGCUCUGACGGAGAGAGCGACCAGGCGUCCGGGACGUCCUCGGACGAGGUGCAGUCUCCCGUGCACGUGCGCAUGCGCAACCACCAGAACCGGCGCAUCUCCCAGGAGGACCUGAACAAGCGGCUGUCUCUGCCGGCCGAUAUCCGCCUGCCGGAGGGAUACCUGGAGAAGUUUCAGCUCAACGGCCGCUCCUUUGACGCGCCGCUGAGCCGGCGGCUGCGACGCGCCUCCUUGUCAGAAAUUGGAUUUGGGAAACUGGAAACCUACACCAAGCUCGACAAGCUUGGAGAGGGCACGUACGCGACGGUGUACAAAGGUCGCAGCAAGCUGACGGACAACCUGGUGGCUCUCAAGGAGAUCCGCCUGGAGCACGAGGAGGGAGCGCCGUGCACGGCCAUCCGCGAGGUGUCGCUGUUGAAGGAUCUGAAGCACGCCAACAUCGUCACGCUGCACGACAUCGUGCACACGGACAAGUCCCUCACCCUGGUCUUCGAGUACCUGGAGAAGGACUUGAAGCAGUACAUGGACGACUGUGGAAACAUCAUGAGCAUGCACAACGUGAAGGUGCGUCGGGUGUCCGCACAGUCACACGUCGAGGUGCCACUUGUGUUGGUCGCGUAUUUAUCUCUCGGCAGACUCUAUAGCCAGGCCAGGCCAUACGUGGGAACUCUUCCCACAAUGCAUCACGGCUCGCUCGUGUCCGUGUGUGGCCUAGGCCUGGCCCGGGCGAAGUCGGUGCCCACGAAGACAUACUCCAAUGAGGUGGUGACGCUGUGGUACCGGCCGCCCGACGUCCUGCUCGGCUCCACCGAGUACUCGACGCAGAUCGACAUGUGGGGCGUGGGCUGCAUAUUCUUUGAGAUGGCGGCAGGACGACCCCUCUUCCCCGGCUCCACCGUGGAGGACGAGCUGCACCUCAUCUUCAGGAUGCUGGGCUCGCCGAGAGAGGACAUGUGGCCGGGGAUUUCGUCAAAUGAAGAGUACAAGUCCUACAAUUUCCCCAAGUACCGCUCCGAGCCUAUGAUCACCCACGCACCACGGUUGGACGUCGACGGGCUGGAUCUGCUCUCAAAGUUCCUGCUGUACGAAGCCAAAGCGAGGAUCUCGGCGGAGGAUGCCCUGAAGCGUCCCUACUUCAAGAGUUUCGGGGAAGAGGUGCACUCCCUCCCAGACAUCAUUUCAGUGUUUGCUCUGAAGGAGGUGGAGCUUCAGAAGGACCCUGGCCACAGGAUGUCCUCCUACCAAGAAUCUGCGCACGGCAAGAACAGAAGACAGAGCAUGCUGUUCUGAAGGUGGAGAGAAUGGAUUUGAGAAACGACGACCGCAGGGGCCCAGAAGGCAUCUUGCAGAUCAUCUUCCCCCUCGAAGGCUUUUUCCCGUUCUUCGAACAGUAACCACCCUCUGCGGGGACCCGUGGCUGAGCGCUCGUCGUCCAGACCACUGCACAGUUUGUGGUAAUGCUUUGUUAUCUUACUUGCUCCUCUUCCUCCUCCGUUAGCGUGACCGAGUCAACCCCCUCGCCCCCCCCCCCCCCCUGUAGCUCACUGUGAACGUUCGUCACGAGUAACGCGUGCAAUCGUGUUGUUGUUGUCGUCAUUGUUGUUGUUUUUUCCUCCCGCCGCGUGUCAUCCCCGGUGAGCGCGUCGCGAGCAACGAAACUUCGGCCCGGGCGGCGUCACGCUGCCGAACGUAGCCCCACCCACCCCCCCACACC